AUGGAUUCCCCCACGGAUCUUUUCGAUGAUUCUGCUUCUCAGAUUCAUUCUUUCGCUCCUGCUCUCAACUCCUCAGAUCUCCCCGGAGUUCAUCCUCAGGCCGGUCGCCCUCCUCCGGCCUUUAGACCCCCCGGCUUCCCCCUCAUCCACCACCUCCUGCAGCCGGGCGGAGGCCACAGGAGGAUCGGAGGGCUGCUCAACACAACCCUGAGCUCGCACAGACACCUGGAAGAUAGGAAUCUGGACGAAGACGAAGGAGAGAGGGAUGAACAGGUGGAGCAAGGGAUGGACGGAGGAGUGGAGGGAGUGAUGGAGGGAGAGGAGAACCUGCUGGGGGUGAAGAAGAGGCACAGCGAUGCCGCUCUCACGGCAGAGUGGAGUCAAGAUGUCCUGAAAGUGAAGAGGAUGAAGCUGGAGGGCCGACAGAGGGAUGGAGAGGCGGAGGAGGGAGGCAAGAGGCGUGAGGGAGGGAGGGCUGGGAGGAGGAGAGAGAGGGAAGAGCUGAAGGAGCAGCUGGAGGAGGCCAGAGAGAGACUGCAGGCGCUGCAGGAGAAAGUGUGGAGGGCGUUCGGGGAGAAGCACAUGGCCGACGAGGAGAAGAAGAGGAAGCGCGGCAACAGAAACAGCGGCGGAGGUGAUGGAGAUGUGGGGAUGCUGGAGGAGGAGGACAUCGCAGAAGGGAUGUACGAUGAGGAGGACAUCGAUGGUGGAGAGAUGGAAAAGGAGUCUUUCUCUCUUCUCUCCGCUUCGCCGUUCGACAACUUCCACAAACGCAAAGAAGAAAAAGACAGAGAGGGGAGGGUGGAGAGAGGAAGAGGAGGUGGAGGAGGAGGAGGAGGAGGGCUGCAUCUGGAGGGCCUGAUGGAGGGAUCAGGGUUGUGGUUGGACUGCGGGGGGCUGGUGAGGGGAGACUGGGAUGGAGGGAUGGAAGACGAGGGCGAGGAAGGAGGGCAGAAGUUUGCUCAGGCGCUGAAGCUGGAGCUGGGCAGCGCCGUGGCCCGAGUCAUCGACCGAGUCCUCCGCCUCUACACCGAGAUGACAGACUUCACUCCUUCCUCCCCGCCGGCCGCCAUCUCCUUCCUCCCGUCCGAUGCGGGAAACGACGGGGGGAAGGAGAGGGGAGUGUGGAUGGGGCUGCUGACGAGAGGAAGGCGGGAGGAAACGGCGAAAGGGAAGGAGGACAAAACCGGAGGGCAGGACGGGGAGCGAGAGAAGCACCUCCAGAAGAUGAGCAACGGGAGCUCGCUGCCUCCUGGACCGCCUCAUCGCGCCGAGCCGCCCGAUCUGGGAAUGCCAUUGGCCGUGCAGAGGUCACCUGACACUCGAAAGGCCUACCCCCUCCUCGGCCCCCCUCUCUCGGCUCACCUCAAUCCCUCUCACCCAAACCUCACCCUGCAUCACCCCUCCUUGCCUCGCCCUCCUCCUCUCUCCCACCCUCCCCUCCUACCUCCAGCUUCACAACCCAAGGACCCCUCCUCCACGUCCUUCCACCCAUCUUCAUCCUCCUCCUCUUCCUCCUCCUCUUCCUUCCCCGCUCCUCCCCCUCCGCCUCCCCCGCCACCGCCUCUCCCUCUCCCGUUGCUGCACUAUUCAAUGCAGCAGCUCUUCUCUCGUUCGCUCCACCACCCUCAGCUCCCCCACCUCCCGCCGUCCCGCAAGGACUAUUUGAACUCCGACCCUUUCCUGGAGUUCUCGUCUCACCCCUCGUCUCACCCGUCCUUCCCCCCGCUCCCCCUGCUCGGUCACCUGGACCCGUCGCUUGUUCGCCACGGAGGCCGAGAGAGGGAGAGAGGGAUGAGGGGAGACGGGGGCAUGAGAGGAGGCGGAGGGAUGGACGGGGGAGAGCUCUACCUGACAGCUGGGGGGACCCAAGAGGGUUUGUCUCCCUGCCAUCUGAAGAAGGCCAAGCUCAUGUUCUUCUACACGAGAUACCCCAGCUCCAACACUCUGAAGACGUACUUCCCUGAUGUCAAGUUUAACCGCUGUGUGACCUCCCAGAUGAUUAAAUGGUUCAGUAACUUCAGAGAGUUCUUCUACAUCCAGAUGGAGCGCUUCGCACGCCAGGCUGUCCGAGAGGCCCUCACCCGGGACGGUGCGCCUCGUCUGGGCCGAGAGAGUCAGCUGCGAGUGGGCCGCGACACGGAGCUCUACCGCAUACUGAACAUGCACUACAACAAGAGCAACAUCUACCAGGUUCCAGAGAGGUUCAUCGAGGUGUCCGAGGUGGCUCUGAGAGAGUUCUACUCCGCCAUCUGGACCGGGAGGGACAGCGACCCCUGCUGGAAGAAAGGCAUCUACAAAAUCAUCUGCAAACUGGACAGUCCUCUCCCGGAUGCGUUCCGGCUGCCCGGCUGUCCGGUCGGCUGAACGGCUCACACACAAAAAAAAAAUGCAUGCGAUUUUACUAAAAACAACAAAAAAACAAAACAGAAGGGAGAUUUAUCAAAGCAUUCAUCAACUGUGAGAACUGCUACGAGGUUCGCUUCUACAACCCCAUUCACAUCCGAGAGAGAAAAAAUAAAACUCCUCCUGGCAUACUGUGCAGAGGAAGACACAUAACAUACAUGCUUAAACCGACACGCACUGGCGCUCCGUCAUGGGAGUCCUGUGACCGGAACAUUGAAUUGCAAAACAUUCCUCGGCAGUCAGUUGACUUGUGCUUUUUACAGGUUGAAAAUAACGAGGUGCUGCAGCUACAGAGACUGUUUCUUUUUUUUUUGUUAACGACGUCACGGGAGUAUGCAUAGCUGCCGCCGCGUGGUUGUUGCAUUUUGCAGAUGAAAAAAAAUAUAUGCAUUCCCUGACAAUCCCACCCUGUAAAUUCCACCACAUAAACGCUACUCUAUGCAUCCGCUCAGUGAUUUAGAUGUGCUGCCGGGCGCUCGCCGUGUAAAUGUUUCCAAGACAAAGCCUGAGUGCACACCGAGUUUGCGAGGUCGCCCUUCGUCGCCUCCGAGCAAAAGAGCAGAAAAAAAAUUCCAGCUUCCAACAUUUUUUUUUUUUUUGGAAAAAGAUAAUCUUGCACAAACAACACAAUGACACCCAAACAUUUCAGUGCUGCUCCGGUGUUCAUUGUCACACAUUCAAUAUGAUUGUUUGCUCGAUAUUACCUUUUAUCGUUGCCUUGUGUGUGUGUGUGUGUGUGUGUGUGUGGGCUUCGGGAUGCUUUUUUUUUUUUCUUUUUUAAAAAAUUUCCUCCAACAUCCAAUCAGAUUUUUUGCAACCAGGCUAGAAAAUCUUGAACAAAAACAAUCGUCCGUAGUGUAUUUGUAAGAUUUCUGGUCACGUAUUUUCCAACCAGUGGGGUUCUUUUUUGCUCGUAUAUCCAUCUCUCUGUUCGGUAUUAAAUUAUUCUAGAGCUUUUUGUACAUGACGGCACAAUGUAAUCAGAGUGUAACUACGGUUCUGUCAAGCGGGGCGGUAUAUUGAAUUUAAAUGUUUUGUUGUUGACGUACUCUUAUUGUUGAAAUGUUUUCUUUUUUAAACGUGAACUAAAUAGGCCACAUUUGUUUCCUCCAAAGAGGAAGCUUUCCACUCGAUCUGCUGUAUAUCAUCACCCUGAAGAAGAAGAAGAAGAAGAAGUUUCUGCUCAUGAAAAUGUUGGUCGACGUGUUUUUUGAAGUGCAUGUUUCCUAGAUUUGCUUUUUCUUUUUUUGCCUCUUUUAUUUCAUCUUUUCUAUUGUACAUAUUCUUCUCUGUAGAUCUGUGCCUCAUUUACAACUUUGGUGAAUUUUGAUGUUUAAACUUAUCAGCGAAUUAAAGUGAUGCCCAGGCUUG